CGUAGAAGGGGAAGACGGGACUCGCGAGCGGACCAAGAAGGAACCGGCCGGCGAGCAGAAAGAAGCGACGAGUGCUUGGCGUACGGUUUGUGUGGUGCGCGCUACCAAGAGAGAGAGAGAAAGAGAGACUAGAACUCCACGGAGAGAGUGUACGCGGAUAUUGAGAAGGAGUAAGAGAGGCUUCGAGAAGUGACUUCGCAGGAGUAGCUCCGAGGAAAGAGAGAAGCAAGAAUGACGAUGGCAACCGAGACGGAGAACAACGGGCCGGAGAGCAAGGAGAUCAAGGACGUGAAGGAGCUGAAGGAGGCGCUGAAGGACGACGCGCCGCCGGACAACAAGCAGGAGGAUAAGGACGCGGCGAAGAAGGACGAGUCGGCCGGGAAGAAGGACGACGACGCCGCCGCCGCGGCAGCCGGUGCGACCGCGGCGCCGGCGAAGGCCAACGUCGUGCAUCAUCCUGAUUACGAGAAGGAUGUUGUUUAUCUGUAUCAGUUCCCGAGGACGCCGCUUCUACCCUCAUUGUCCCCGUACGGACUCAAGGUGGAGACGUGGUUGCGACUCAACGGCGUCAAAUACGAGAAUGUUGAUCACAAGAUGAAAUUCCGCUCCAAGAAGGGCCAGCUGCCGUUCGUUGAACUGAACGGCGAGGAGAUCGCCGAUAGCACCAUCAUCCUGCGGGAACUGAGCCAGAAAUUCGGGAAGGAUCUCGACGCCGGUCUCACGUCCGAGCAGCGAAGCGUCUCUCACGCCAUGAUAUCCAUGAUCGAGAAUCAUCUCGUUUGGGUCGUCGCGUGCUGGCGCACGAAGAAUUUGGAUCAAGUGCUGAAGGGCUACAAGGUCAAUCUGCAGCUCGCCCUGGGAUCACGUAUACCGAAUGCGAUUCUCAACUUCUUCUUCAAGCUCACGUUCGGACGCAAGUUGGAUUGGUUGCAGGGUGCGAGGAAAGUGAAGGCUCAAGGAAUGGGGGUGCACAGUGCGGAGGAGGUGUCCCAGUUUGGCUGCACCGACCUGAAGGUGCUCUCGGACACGCUGGCCGACAAGCCGUUCUUCUUCGGGGACGAGCCGACUACCAUGGACGUGGUGGCGUUCGCGCAUCUCGCUCAAAUCUUAUACAUCGACAAAGACACGCCCUACAGCCUGCGAGAUUACAUGGUAGAGAACUGUCCCAACUUGGUCGGCCAUUGCUCGCGCGUCAAGGAACGAUGCUUCCCGGAUUGGGAUGAAAUCUGCUCCAGUCUGGACAUGAACACUCAUCUGCCGAAGCCUGAAAAGCAGGAGGAGAAGGAGGGUAAAGAAGAGGCGAAGGAGUCCAAAGAGUCUAAGGAGGAGAAAGAGGGCGACAAAGAGAAGGCGGAUAAGGAGGAAAAGGAAGUUGAGAAGGAUAAGGAGGUUGACGAGAACAAAGAAAAAGAGAAAGACGGCAAAUAAGCGGUCUCGUUGUAGAGGGAAGUAAUAAGUGAUUUAAAGGCGAAGAGUCGCAAAGGUGCGUGCUGAUGAAUGAAAAGAAAGCAAGAGAGGGAGAGAGUGAGAGAGAAAGUAUAUGUGUGUGUGAGAGAGAGAGAAAGAGAGAGGGGGAAGAGAAAGAGAGAAGGAAAGAGAGAGGGGGAAUGGUUGAUGAUGAGCAAGAAUGUGCGUAUGCGUAUGCGUGGAUGUUGCGAGAAUGUGCGACGAUGUCAGAGACGAGAAUGGUAUAGAAAAUACGAGAAGAGUAGGGAGAUACCGGAAGUGAGAGAUGGUAUGUGUGUGUGUAUGUGCGCGCGUAUGAAAGAGAGAGAAAGAAAGCGAGAUAGAGAAUGAACGAAAGAGUAAAAGAGAGUGCGUAUGUGUGCGUGUAUGCGAGAAAGAGAAGAAGAAAGCGAGAAAGAGAGAGAGAGAGAGAGAUAAAGUUCUGGAUUAGAGCUCUCUACUUAUACGUAUAGAUAUUAAUAGACUCAUAAUGUUAAUACUUCGUUUAUAUACGUUCAAUACGCGUCACGCGUUAUUUCACAUUGACACACUCGAAACACA